GUUGUGCGAGGGAAGACCAUGGAGGAAUGGCUGCGCUUCUCCGUCUGUUUCUGGCACACGUUCAGAGGAACGGUGUUCUGGGGAGGCCGCGAGGGUUUCCACUCCCUGCUCAACACCAACGUCCGAGCGGAGCUUGACCACAUGGCUACUUUCUUCCGACUGGCAAUUGCUUACAAGAAGAAGAUUGGCUUCAACGGUGUUUUCCUGAUUGAACCCAAGCCAAAGGAGCCCACCAAACAUCAGUACGACUAUGAUGCCAUGACUGUUAUUGCUUUCCUGAGGACCUACGGGCUGGAGAAGGAAAUAAAGCUAAACAUUGAGCCCAACCACACGACCCUAGCCGGACACUCCUACGAACACGACGUUGUCAUGGCCUCAGCUUACAACAUGCUGGGCUCUGUGGACUCAAAUACGGGCUCCCCAGACUUGGGCUGGGACACUGACCAGUUCCCCAUGGAUGUGAAGAAUGCCACACUGCUCAUGAAGGUCCUGUUGAGACAAGGCGGCCUCCAGCCCGGAGGUUUGAACUUUGACUGUAAAGUGAGGAGAGAGUCCACGGACCUGAAGGACAUGUUUAUUUCCCACAUCGGAGCCAUGGAUACGUUUGCCCGUGCCCUCAAAUGUGCGGCCAAGAUCUUCGAUGAAGAAGUGAUUAGCAAACAGGUGGAGGAGCGCUACAAAACCUUCCAGUCUGGCAUUGGAGCAAAGAUUGAAAGUGGAGACACGACUUUGGAAGAACUGGAGGAGUAUGUCCUGCAGAACGGAGAGCCCAGCCAGAUCUCGGGACAACAAGAACAUUUUGAGAACAUGCUCAACUACUACCUCUGAACUGUCCACAGGGACACACCCUGAAGCAUCCUUCAAGCAAAGAUUUAUGCUAUAAAAUGGUUUUCCCCUUUAAAAAAAAAUAAAAUGGAACAAAAUUGUCAUUUUCAUCAAGGCUGGUGGGGUUACCUUUUGUCAGCGAUUACAAAAUCCAAUUUAAAUUUUUUUUUUUUUUUUUUUUUUGCUUAAAAGAAUGCAGUUUCUUAAUCCUAUUUUGUUGUGUCUGAUCUUUGGUUUUAGGUAAUGUAGUCCACGCAGCAGAGGGAAAACAUUUCCCCCCAGUUUUCAAUUUCAGUAGUUUUUGCCUCUUCUCUUUUUUGUUUUGUUUUGUUUUUCGCCAUUUCUUUGUAUUUUGAAACGUGCCUGUACAUUUCCUGGAUUCUGUCUGUGUCAAUGACUCCCGAGUGUUUGUCGACACCGCAGUGACACUAACAGACAAUGUACAUUUGUGUUUGCUGACCUGUAAGUAAAGAGUUUCUUUCCAAGUUUUGCCCAACAGUAGACUAUGCUCCAGGUACAAGCAGCAUUAUACACGUGUGACAUAGCCAACUUGUCAACUGUCUUGUUGUAAUCCUUUAGUCCAAUAAACUUUUAUUACAGUUUUUCCAAA